CUUUUAACCCGGAAGUAGAUUGAUGUGUUGGAGGAAGUGUUGUGCUGAGGGAACGGCACAGAUUUAGCAGCGGGGCUAGCACAGUCAGAGAGCACGGUGCCAACAGAAAGAUGGAGUCGCCAGUGAGAAACCGAAGCGUCAGUCCGGCUGCGAGGGAACACAGUGAGGACGAGCCCAGUCCAGCCGCCCGGCAGGACAGUUCGGUCCAGAGGAGUCCCACAGAGAGGCCUCCGCGCCGGGACGGCCCCGCAGGCUCGCCCCCCUCCGGGAGCCCCGCCUCCAGCAGCUCAGGCAGCAGCAGCAGCAGUGAUGAAGAUGAUGAUGAUGAUGAGGACGAGGAGGAGGAGGAGGGGGCGAUGAGGAAGAUGAGGAGCAGCGUGGCUCAGAUCAGAAGAGCUGCAGAGGACCAGAGCACGACCAGACACACCAGCCGCUCCAGGUCCACGUCCAGAGACAGAGACAGGUCCAGGUCCAGGGACAGAGAGAGAGACAGGUCCAGGUCCAGGGACAGAUCCAGAGACAGAGACAGGUCCAGAGAUAGAGAGAUAGACAGGUCCAGAGAGCGAGACCGAUCCAGAUCCAGAGACAGGUCGAGAGAUAGAGAUAGAGAGAGAGACAGGUCCAGGGAGAGAGACAGGGACAGAGGGAGAUCCAGGUCCAGGAGUCGGGACCGAGAGCGUUACGACAGAGGACGCCAUGCUCGGGAUCGCUACGACAACAGGGAGGGACGCUUUGACCGACGGGCCAAUCGAGAUGUGGAGUCAGAGUACAGGAGGCGGGCUCGCUCUCCCUCCCCGGCCAAUCGGGAGCCGGCAGCAGCCGAGGAGCCGCCGGUGAAGAAGAAGAAGGAGGAGCUGGAUCCUAUACUGACCAGGACGGGCGGGGCUUACAUCCCCCCCGCCAAGCUGCGCAUGAUGCAGCAGCAGAUCACCGACAAGAGCAGCCUGGCCUAUCAGAGGAUGAGCUGGGAGGCUCUGAAGAAGUCGAUCAACGGUCUGAUCAACAAGGUGAACGUGUCCAACAUCAUCAACAUCAUCCAGGAGCUGCUGCAGGAGAACAUCGUGAGGGGCAGGGGUCUGCUGGCCCGCUCCGUCCUGCAGGCCCAGGCGGCGUCUCCCAUCUUCACACACGUUUACGCCGCCGUCGUCUCCAUCAUCAACUCCAAGUUCCCUCAGAUCGGAGAGCUGAUCCUCAAGAGGCUGAUCCUCAACUUCAGGAAGGGCUACCGCCGCAACCUGAAGCAACAAUGUCUGACAGCCUCCAAGUUUGUCGCUCACCUCAUCAACCAGAAUGUGGCCCACGAGGUGCUGAGUCUGGAGAUGCUGACGCUGCUGCUGGAGCGGCCGACAGACGACAGCGUGGAAGUUUCCAUCGCCUUCCUGAAGGAGUGUGGCCUCAAACUGACGGAGGUGUCGCCCCGAGGCAUCAACGCCAUAUUCGAGCGGCUGAGGAAUGUGCUCCACGAGUCGUCCAUCGAUAAGCGUGUGCAGUACAUGAUCGAGGUGAUGUUCGCCAUCAGGAAGGACGGCUUCGCCGACCACCCGGUCGUCUCCGCCGGACUGGACCUGGUGGACGAAGACGACCAGUUCACACACAUGCUGCCGCUGGAGGACGAGUACGACGCCGAGGACCUGCUGAAUGUGUUUAAGAUGGACCCAGACUUCCUGGAGAACGAGGAGAAAUACAAAACCAUUAAACGAGAGAUCCUGGACGAGGGCAGCAGUGAUUCGGGUGAGGAUGGAGACGGCAGUGAUGAUGACGAGGAUGAAGAUGAUGAAGACGAGGAGAACGAGGAGGGAGAAGAUGGUGACAAGGUCACCAUCUUCGACAAGACUGAGGUGAACCUGGUGGCCUUCAGAAGAACCAUCUACCUGGCCAUCCAGUCCAGUUUGGACUUUGAGGAAUGCGCUCAUAAACUGAUCAAGAUGGACUUCCCUGACAGCCAGACGAAGGAGCUGUGCAACAUGAUCCUGGACUGCUGCGCUCAGCAGAGAACCUACGAGAAGUUCUUUGGUCUGCUGGCCGGGAGGUUCUGUCUCUUGAAGAAGGAGUACAUGGAGAGUUUUGAAGGGAUUUUUUCGGAGCAGUACGAAACGAUUCACCGCCUGGAGACGAACAAACUGAGAAACGUCGCUCGGCUGUUUGCUCACCUGCUGUACACCGACUCUGUCCCCUGGAGUGUGCUGGAGUGUAUCAAGGUGAGUGAGGAGACGACGACGUCGUCAAGUCGAAUCUUCGUCAAGAUUCUGUUCCAGGAGCUCUGCGCCUACAUGGGACUGCCCAAACUCAACCAGAGGCUCAAAGACCCGACCCUGCAGUCGUUCUUUGAAGGUCUGUUUCCUCGUGAUAAUCCCAGGAACACUCGCUUCGCCAUCAACUUCUUCACCUCCAUCGGCCUGGGAGGACUGACUGACGAGUUGAGGGAACAUCUGAAAAACGCUCCCAAGAUGAUCAUGACCCAGAACCAGGAGGUGGACUCGUCCGACUCCUCGUCCUCCUCCUCCUCGUCUGACUCCUCCUCCUCGGACUCGUCCAGCCAGUCGGACUCGGACUCGUCCAGCCAAUCAGAUUCCUCGUCCAGCAGCAGCAGCAGCAGCAGCUCAGACUCUGAUUCCAAACACAAGAAGAAGAAGAAGAGAAAGGAGCUGAGCAGCAAGAAGAAAGACAAGAAGAAGAAGGACAAGGCCCCCGACAGGAAGCAGGCCGGCCGUCGCCAUGGAGACGGCAAGGACGACGACGACCGCCGCGACGCCAGGAAGGACAGAGAUGGGCGCGCACGUGAGGCGGAGGAGCAUGAGCGUGCACGAGACGGCGCCCGCAGGAGCAGGAGAGACGACGAAGAAGAAGAAGAAGAAGCAGAAGCAGGAGAGAGAGGAGCGGACGUUCGAGGCAGACACAGAGACGGAGAGAGAGAGCGAGCGAGGGAGAGAGAGAGGGAGAGAGACAGAGCGAGGGAGAAGGAGAGAGAGAGGGAGAAGGAGAGAGAGAGGGAGCGACAGAGAGAGAGAGACCGAGAGAGAGAGAGAGACAAAGAGAACAGAGACAGGAACAGACACAGAGAGGAGAGGAGGCGGAGCCGGGAGGCGGAGUCACCCAGGAGGAGGAGGCGGAGCUAACAGCUCGCUGCUCUGCCCACUGGCUGCAACAGGAAGUCUUUUCUACCCCCUCUGUUUCUAUCAAGUCCCUCCCCCUUUUAUAAAACACACCCUGGAUGAUUGACAGGCGAUGGAUGAUUGACAGGCAAUGGAUGAUUGACAGGUGAUGGAUGAUUGACAGGUGUUCCUCUCUCUCUCCUCCGUCUGUCCUCCUUACUGAAUUGUUUUUGUUUAUGUAAUAAGAAAAAAAACAUUAAAGUUGCUUCAGCUGUUUCCUAA